UAAAAGGUAAAUGCUAAUACAUAUCUGCCUCGGUAUACAUGAUGAAUCUUGAUAUUUUCUCAAUGUUGGAUUGUAGCUAAAGCUUUUAAGAGCAUUAAAAGUCAAUUGUAGACCCCUUCCCCCUCGAGUUCAGAAGCAAAAGUAUCUCAUGAUGUUACGUUUAAUGCGAUUCACACUCGCCUUCUACCUCAUCAAGUUAUUACUAUCAACAUUAUCCUUCGUGGACUGUAAAAAUGCUCUCAUUCAGAGGAGAUCUCCGCAUAAAAAGUCCUGCAGUGAAACAGUACAUACAAUUGUUCGUGUGACGCACUGUCCGUCGAAUCCAAUAUCUUUAAAAUCAGCAUCUUUAAAUAAAGGAUGUCAAAAUUUACCUCAUUCUUCGUGCUCAGAAAAAGCAUUUGUUUAUCACUGUGUGCGCUUUAAAGACCACCUCAUAGAAGUGUGUUCACCAGUGGAGGAGAUAUUAGGUCAACAUUGUAUCCAAUUCAAUGAAGGAUAUGGACGAGUUAUAACUGAUUACAACUUACAUUGUUCUGAAUGUCCCUUUACGUACAAUUCAAGUGAUUUUUUUAAAUAUCAAACAUGUAUGGAAAUGAUUCCAGCAUAUCUAAAAACAUCAUCACCUGUGAAGCAAAAUAAUAAACCAAUCGCAUCGACCGAUGCAAAUGUUAUGGCAUUUGAGAGGAUCCAGAAUGUCAAAACUGAUCAACGAGAUCUUGAAAUACUUCCAACAAAAAGGACACAUACACAAAGGGGGGAAAAUGACAGAUCUAAGGACAUGGAUGCUUUUUGGAUUUCCUCGAUGAGCUUUUUAAUUCCUAUAACUGUAAUCGUCAUUUGUCUAUGCACAAACCAAGAUAAUAACGAAGGAAAAGACAAUGGCGAAAAAAAACCUGAAAGUUCAGGUAAGAACAUCUUGUUUGGUGAUUUUUAUAUCUUGUAAAAAUUAAAAUUAAUAAUCACAAAAAGGGAAGACAUAUUUUCU